UUUCUGAAAAAUAUGUCAUUUCUGUGAUCAGGAAUAUGUUGAAGAUGGCAUUGACUGGGCUAAGGUUGAGUUUGAGGACAAUCAGGACUGUUUGAAUCUAUUUGAGAAGAAACCACUGGGGUUGUUGUCUCUGCUGGAUGAGGAAUCUACAUUCCCUAAUGCCACAGACCUUACUUUUGCAAACAAGCUCAAGCAACAUCUUGACACUAAUUCUUGCUUCAGAGGAGAAAGAGGCAAGGCUUUCACUGUCCGUCACUAUGCAGGAGAGGUGGCGUAUGACACAUCGGGUUUUCUGGAGAAGAACAGAGAUUUAUUGCACAUGGACUCAAUUCAGUUCCUUGCCAAAUGCAAAUUAUCUAUACCACAAACGUUUGCAUCUAAGAUGCUUGCUCAAUCUGAUAAUCUAGAAUCUGUACCAUACAGGCCUAGUGUUGCUGAUUCACAGAAGUUAAGUGUAGCAAUGAAGUUUAAGGGACAAUUGUUCCAACUUAUGCAAAGACUUGAAAGCACAACACCACACUUCAUACGUUGCAUUAAACCAAAUAAUUUGCAGCUCCCUGCCAUUUACGGACAAGAACUUGUGCUUCAGCAACUGAAAUGCUGCGGGGUUCUUGAAGUUGUGCGCAUUUCAAGAUCUGGGUACCCAACGAGAAUGACUCAUCAGAAGUUUGCUCGGCGGUAUGGUUUUCUUCUUCUUGAGGAUGUUGCGUCUCAAGAUCCACUUAGUGUUUCGGUUGCAAUUCUUCAUCAAUUCAACAUUUUGCCUGAGAUGUAUCAAGUUGGCUACACAAAGUUGUUCUUCCGAACUGGUCAGAUUGGCAACCUUGAGAAUACUCGGAAUCGUACUCUACAUGGUGUUUUAAGGGUUCAAAGCUGUUUCAGAGGGCAUCAAGCACGGCGCCAUGCAAGUGAACGAAUCAGAGGAGUUUUGGCUCUUCAAUCAUUCAUUCGUGCUGAGAAUGCAAGACAAAGUUAUUCAUCUCUGUCGAAGAAACAUAGGGCAGCCACUCUUGUGCAGAAAAAUCUAAAAGGCUGGCUUGCAAGAAGAUACUUCAUUAAGAUACGGAAGGCUUCAGUGGUUGGCGUGAGCCUGGUCCUUGGCGUGGCGAAUCUUUUGGUCUCUUGGAGGCUCGGCCAGGAGGCAGGGCUGGAGAUUGUUGGUAAUCUCAGGAUUCCCCCUCCCGGAGGUCUUGGGGUCGUUCUCGACGAGAGAUGUGCCUUCCUGCCCAUCAAGGUGGGGCACAGCAUGCCUCAAGCCUCCUAG